AUGGCAGUGAUUGAGCGGGAGCCGAUUGAGCUGAGCAAAGGAUGGGAGAUUAUGGAGAAAGGGAUCACAAAACUCAAGAACAUUCUUGAAGAGAAAGAUGAGCCACAAUUCAGUUCUGAGGGUUAUAUGAAACUCUACACAUUAAUUUAUGAUAUGUGUAUCCAAAAGGCACCACAUGAUUAUUCUCAGCAGUUGUACCACAAAUAUCGAGAAACUUUUGAAGAGUAUAUUUCCUCCACUGUGCUGCCCUCUCUAAAAGAUAAGCAUGAUGAAUUCCUGUUGAGAGAGCUUGUUAAACGUUGGUCAAAUCACAAAAUCAUGGUUAGAUGGAUGUCACGGUUCUUUCAUUAUCUUGAUCGGUAUUAUAUUGCCCGAAGGUCCAUUCCUGGUCUAAAGGUCGUGGGACUCGCUUGUUUCAAAGAGAAGGUGUAUGCAAUAUUGAAUGAGAAAGUUCGGGAUGCAGUUAUAUCCCUGAUUGACCAGGAGCGUGAAGGGGUACAAAUUGAUAGAGCCUUAUUGAAGAACGUAAUAGAUAUUUUUGUUGAAAUUGGAAUGGGAAAAAUGGAAUGCUAUGAGGAUUUUGAAGCUGCAAUGCUCAAGGAUACUGCUGCUUAUUACUCCCGAAAAUCUUCUAACUGGAUUUUUGAAGAUUCUUGCCCUGGUUAUAUGUUAAAGUUGGAAGAGUGCUUGAAGCGAGAAAAGGAGAGGGUUGCUCAUUAUCUCCAUUCCAGUAGUGAAACAAAAUUGAUUGAAAUAGUACAGCAAGAGCUUCUGACUGAGCAGGUUUUUGUGAGGAAGACGAUUGAGCUGCACGAUAAAUACCUUGCCUAUGCCGAAGGCUCUUUCAAGAACCAUUCCCUCUUCCAUAAGGCACUAAAGGAAGCCUACGAAGUGCUUUUCAAUAAGAUUGUUGCCGGAAGCUCCAGUGCUGAACUUCUUGCAACAUUCUGUGACAAUAUCCUGAAGAAAGGUGGGAGUACUGAGAAACUAAGUGAUGAAGCCAUUGAAGAAACCUUAGAAAAGGUGGUGAAGCUGCUUGCUUAUAUUAGCGAUAAGGAUUUGUUUGCAGAAUUCUUCAGGAAAAAGCUUGCUCGCCGACUAUUAUUUGAUUAUAGUGCAAAUGAUGAGCAUGAAAGGAGUGUCCUGUUGAAACUUAAACAACAAUAUGGGCGUCAGUACACAUCGAAGAUGGAAGGAAUGGUUACAGACUUGGCAUUCGCCCGAGAAAACCAAAACCAUUUUAAGGAGUAUCUCAGUAGUAAUCCACAUCUAAAUCCCGGGAUGGACUUGACUGUUACUGUCCUUACUACCGGAUUCUGGCCUAGUUACAAAUCUUCUGACCAUAAACUUCCGGCUGAGAUGGUGAAAUGUGUUGAAGUGUUCCGGGAGUUUUACCAAACCAGGUUGCAGCACAGAAAACUGACUUGGAUCUAUUCUUUGGGAUCAUGUGUCAUCAAGGGAAUGUUUGAUUCGAAGAGCCUGGAGCUGAGUCUAACAACUUACCAGGCUUCCGCACUGCUGCUAUUCAAUGAAUCGGACAGUUUGAGCUAUCAGGAGCUAAAGUCGCAAUUAGAUCUCUCCGAUGACGAUCUUAAGAGGGUACUUCAUUCCCUUGCAUGCGCCAAGUACAAGAUUCUGAACAAGGAUCCCAACACCAGAACCAUUUCCCCUACGGACGUCUUUGAGUUCAACGCCAAGUUCACCGACAGAAUGAGGAGGAUUAAGGUCCCUCUUCCUCCGGUGGAUGAGAAGAAGGAAGUCGUUGCAGACGUUGAUAAGGACCGGCGGUUUGCUGUUGACGCAUCCAUCGUGCGCAUCAUGAAAAGCCGGAAGGUCUUAGGGUACCAGGCCUUGGUGAUGGAGUGCGUCGAGCAGUUGAGCCGGAUGUUCAAACCGGACGUCAAGGUCAUCAAGAAGAGGAUUGAAGACUUGAUUAACCGGGAAUAUCUGGAGAGGGAUAGGGAGAACCCUAACUUGUUCAGAUACUUGGCUUGA